AUGCCUGUUCAAGUGCUGAAGAUCAUUGAAGGAAAAUUUGAGACUCCACUGCCAAGCCAUUUGCAGAAGGAGGCUUUGAAACAUUUGCAAGAAGGUUUUGAUCCUACCAACAAAUACAUUCAGGGAUUAGUUAUUCUUUCUUAUCCAUUAACAAAACUUGGAGAUGGGACAGACUUCUUCAAGGUUGUUCUUCAAGAUUUGGAUGACUUUUGUUCACGGAUCAACAGCAUCAAUAUCUUAAUAUAUGGAAAAAUGGCAGAGGAUUGUGCGAAAGUUAUGCGCAGUGGGGACACCUUAGUAGUUGCAGGAUUUAAGUUGGCAAAAUCACCUACAGCAAGAGAGGAUGGUAGACAUGAUUGCCAUCUGGAGAUGUCCGAAGAAGCUGGAUCAGUCAUUUAUAUUUAUACUAAACCAAAACCAACUGCUGCUUCAAAAACUGCAUCUAUGUCUGUUGCACCAAAAUAUGUGUAUACUCCUCUGGAUCAUCUCAAAGAUGGAACUAUAGUGAAUUUGUAUGGUAUUGUGAAAUUCUUCAAGCCUCCAUAUGUAAGCAAAGGAACUGAUUAUUGCUCAGUUGUAACACUUGUGGACCCAUCAAGUGUCAAGUUAACAUGCACUCUUUUUAAUGGAAAUCUAAAUUCCCUACCAAAAAUUUACAAAGUUGGAGAUAUUGUUCGGUUUCAUAGAAUAAAGAUCAGGGAAUACAACGGCCAGAUGCAGGGAGUUACCAGUGCAGGAUUUGCAUCCUUGACAUUUGAUGGAACUGUAGGAGCACCAGUAGUUCCUCGAACCUCUAGCAAAGUCUUCACUUUCAUGGAUGAAGAACAAAAAAUAAUAGAAGAAUUACGUGUUUGGGCAGCCAGUAAUCUUUCGAUCUGUGGACCAGCAGCAAAAUUGUCUGGUGUUCAGCCAAUGCUGUUCUUUGAUCUCACUUGCCAGCUGAUAGGAAAAGCAAAAGUGGAUGGAUCUUCUUUUCUUCUAAAGGUAUGGGAUGGCACGAAAUGUCCCUACCCAACAUGGAAGGUACCAGUGGAAGCAAGAGACCUGGAAGGCGAAAAACUUCUUCUUCAUCAGCUGCGAAAUCUAGCAGUGGACAUUCUAGUCUAUGAUAACCAUGUACAACUAGCAAAAUCACUUAAGAUUGGAAGUUUUCUGAGAAUUUACAGUAUUCAUACAAAACAAGUAAGUGCUGACAAAGACGGCUCACGUAUAGAAUUUCAUCUUCAUGGUGGCACCUGUUACGGUCGAGGAAUAGGAGUCUUACCAGAAAGUAACCCGGAUGUUAAGGAACUGAAAGAAUUCUUAGAGUCUGUGGAACUGGCAGACAGUCAGCAUAUGGAAAGUAUGUCUUCAGUGGAAUUAGACAGCACUUUUAACAAUAUUACAGAUCUUGAAUUACACUUACAGAGAUGUCAGGAGUUAUCCGUUACAGUAUUAACAGAUCAUCAGGAUUUGAGUAACACAGAACUGAAAACCAUUCUGAACAGCACGGCUCCUCAACAGUUUCGCAUUAGAGCAAAGCUGAGAACUUACAAACCCCAGAAGCUCCAUCAGUCUAUUAAACUUCAUUGCUCCAAAUGCAACUCUUUGACAGAAAUUCCAGAUGGAGAUGACUUUGACUGUAUUUUACAAGGCUCUGCCAUGACCAGUCCAAACCCAGAACUACACAAUACCUCCUGGUAUGAAUCUGUAAUGUGGACUACACAAGACCAGAAACAAAGGAAAAUAGUAAUCCAUUUUGUGAAGCCUGAUGAAAUGCUUAAAGCGCCUGAAGAUACUUUGCUUAUGAUAGAAGGAGGAACACUAAAAGAACUCUGGAGGCUUACGAAAAGAUUUAAAUGUGUUAUUCCAGUGAGAUCCACGGAAGAUGACCUUGAAUUAUUAGAUCUUUCAGCUCCUUUUCUCUUACAAGGGAACACAAAAUAUUAUGGGUGCAAGCAGUGUUCAACUCCAAAGCCUAUCAAGAAUCUCAGUUCCAUUGCAGCAGAAGAGCAACCAUCAUGGGAACCAACUGAAAUAGCACAAGUUUUAGGUAUUGAGCUUCUCCAGUAUGUUUUUAUUAUGAAGUUUACACUGGUUGAUGGAACAGGAGCACUGAAUGCAUACCUUUUUGAUUAUGAAAAGUUUUUCCAAAUUCCUGCCUCUGAAAUCUUAACUAAUUGUUUUCUUCAACAAAAGAUGCAGAUGACCAUGAAUACGCUCUGUCCUCCAGGAAGAAAAUUAGAUGACUUGCCGUGGCUGGAAUGCUUCAUCAAGUCCUAUCAUGUCAGAGAUGAAACGAAACGUCAAGUUUGUUACCAAAUUUUUGACACUACAAUUGCUGAAGAUGUUGUAUAG